AUGCCCUCCCUUCGCUCAAAGAAGCGUAAGCCAAAAGAUCCACCCACAGGCGAGAAACCACCCAAGCGGCGCCCAAAAAAGACCAUCAAGGCUGCCGGAGCCUUAGCAGAUACACCGCCACCAAAGUCACCACAAAAGCCUAAGGAUAAGCCUAAGAAGUCUUACAGGCGUUCCUCCGAUCCUUCUAAAUGUAUACCAAAGGCAAAAGAACAGACACCUAUUAACAUUCCUAGCUCGGCGGCAUCAACCCCUAUUCCAACGCGUACGAAGACGAUCCCUCCACCUACGCGAUUCAACCCUGCCGAAGAAGACAUUUUCUGUGCUGAACAGACCACUACCCAAAUAUGA